CAUAUUGGGAGAGUCAUCUAUUGCGUCACAACUUAGAUGUCAUGCAUAUUGAGAAGAACUUUUUCGACAAUCUGAUGAACACAAUCCUCAACAUCCAAGGUAAAACGAAGGAUAAUCUGAAGUCAAGGUUGGAUUUAGUCGAUAUCUGUGAUCGUUCUGAACUUCACGUUGAUGAGAACGGUACGGCACCUUUUCCCAUUUAUCGGCUGGAUGGUGCUGGCAAAGAAGCGUUCUUUGAUUGGAUUACAUAUAAAGUGAAAUUUCCAGACGGUUAUGCAUCAAAUUUGGGUAAUUGUGUUGACAGAAGCGAAGAAAAGUUUACUGGCUUGAAGAGUCACGAUUGUCAUGUGAUUAUGCAGCGGCUCCUUCCGUUUGCUUUUUCCGCACUAUUACCACGUAAUGUUCAUGAAGCAGUUGCAGGGAUAAGUGUUUUCUUCCGUGAUUUAUGCACCAGAGUAGUGACUGAGGAGGGUAUUAGUACUUUGAAGGAAAACGUACCCGUUAGUCUUUGCAACCUCGAGAAGAUAUUUCCUCCAUCAUUUUUUGAUGUAAUGGAACAUCUUGCUAUUCAUCUCGCAAGAGAAUUGGAGCUUGGUGGUCCUGUGCAGUACCGAUGGAUGUAUCUUUUUGAGCGUUAUAUGCAUCAUCUGAAGAAGAAGAUCAAAAAUUUAAGUAAGGUGGAAGGAUCUAUAAUUGCACAGGUGAUCAAUGAAGAAACUUCAAACUUUGCUGAAAACUACUUUCCAUCAGAAGUGCAUACAAAAAACCGAAGACCUGCUCGGCAUGAUGACAGAGGAGAGAAAGCAACGUAUCAUGUUACUGUCCCAAGCAUGUUCAGCGAAAUAGGAAGACUAAGUGGAAAACCCACGAAGCGGAGACUGACGGAGAUUGAGCACGCUCAUUUGCAAACAUAUUUGCUUACCAACUGUGAAGAUGUUCUACAAUAUGAGAGUGUUUAUAUGGCAGAGUUGCGUAUGACUUACAGACAUGCCACAGAAGAAGAGCUUCAACAACUCAGACAUAACGGAUUUGCUGCAUGGCUUCUUAAUUAUGUGACUGAUGGUUUGGCCAGAGGUUUUGUGUUCGAUGAUUGGAUAUGCGAGUUUGUGCGGGGACCAAACUAUGUGGUCAAAUCAUAUCCAAAAUAUUGUACACGAGGAUAUGCCUUUGCAAAAAAAGGUCAUUCUAGGACAACUUAUGAUGGAGGUGUUUCCUCUUCUUCCGGUGACGAUGUCUACUACGGCAACAUACAAGAAAUAUUGGAAAUCCAGUAUCCUGGUAUGGUUGGAUUGCGGUGUGUAGUAUUCUAUUGUGAUUGGUAUGACACCACCCCAGAUCGAGGAGUGAAGACUGAUGCGUUUGGUGUUACUUCGAUUCAUUCGCGGAGGAAACUUCAAUAUUAUGAUCCUUUCAUUCUUGCUUCGCAAGCUGAUCAGGUGUGCUACAUCAGUUACCCUCGGGUUACGUACCGAGACGAUCCAUGGAUCACGGUGACGCAAAUCAACCCAAGAGGACGAGUAAACGGACCUUCUGAUAAUGAUCCAUUACAACCAAACUCUACCAGCAACGUGAGUGCAGUUGAAGAUUUGGCAGAGGUUGAACUCGUUGAGAAUUUUAACGAGUUUGGACUUGAUGCUGUUGUACACUCGGAGCCAGAAGCUGAGAUUGGCGAGUUUGACGAAGAUUUUGAAGAUUCUACAGAUUCUGAAGAUUCUGAUUAGGACUUAUGUUUUCUUAGUUGUAUGAUUAGUUUUUUUUUUUAAUUAACAAAAUCCGUCGGUAUUCCAUCGGAAUAUUCCGAUGAAAUUCCGACGAC